AUGGCCGGAACCAAACGCACCUGGGACGGCAAACAGCUCUCACUCCAACCCAACAACAACGAGCACCAGACGACGACAAUGGCCGAACAAUCAGCGCAAAUCCUCUCCAUCUUCGAGACCUUCCGCAACGAGCUAGACGAGCACCACGAUCGGCGCGAGCGACUAAUCAAGAUCUCAAGGGAUAUUACAGCGCUGAGCAAGAAGAUUAUCUUCUCCCUCCAACGAAUCCGGAAACUCAACGCCCCUCUCCCGGAAAACAUCACCAAAGAAACCCAAUCCCGCUUCACCCAAAUCCAGUCCCUCUUCACCAACGCGCUCCCAGACGUCACCGGUCCAAACAAAUGGCGGUACCAGCGCCAGCUCAGCGGCGCGAUCCAGGAAUACAUCGAGGCGCUCUCCUUCCACCACUACCUGACUACGCAGACCCUCAUCACGCUCCCUGAAGUGUGCACGAAACUCCCCGCGGAGAUACUCGUCACGGAGGAGGAUUAUCUGUUGGGGUUGUUCGAUUUAACUGGGGAGAUGAUGCGGUUUGCGGUUACGGCGCUGUCGGCUGGGUCGGUUGCUUCUGACGAGAAAAAGAUGGGGCUGAGUAGAGAGCAAAAUGGAAUUGUGGUGGAUUUGAGGGAGAUGAGGUCGCUAUUUGAGGGGUUG